ACAACGUGGACUAAAUAUAGCUGCAAAAGGUAGCAAGCAAGCAACUUUCAUUCCCAAAGAAAAGUAAAAUAGGAGGAUAUUAUUCUUUAUAAAUAUUAUAUGCAAAAAUAAGUACUUGCAUUUACUUUUAAGACAACAAACAAAAAAUAAAUAGUUUCUUCCAUCUCAAUGGAAGACUAUGAAAUCAUAUACUUUACUUACAUUAAACAAAUAUAUCUAUAUGUCGUCAUGCAUGAUAAUAAUAAUAAUAAACUAAUCAUUGAACCCCAUGUUUUGUUUUGAGUUUCUUCUCCUAUUUUAGUUUUAUUUCAACACAAAAACUGAGAUGCUGAUUAGAUGAUCAAGGAGGGCCAUAAAGUAUCUGGGAGAGAAGACAGAAUCUUCUGUCCCAAAUGGCUAAAAGUUUCAUUUUCUUCAAUUUCUCUCUUUUUUGGUGGUGAAUCUGCUUGUUUUCCUUGUAUGACAGCUGAUUCAAAUCCAGAAACUUUCACUGUAUGGAUGAAGUCCCUUAUCAUGCAAGGAAAUGGGCUUACUGUUUUCAAUGGGAAUGGUCAGAUUGUUUAUCGAAUAGACAACUAUGAUGAAAAGAGUAGCAGGGAAGUCUUUUUGAUGGAUCUCAGAGGGAAACUUCUCUUUACGCUGCGUCGAAAGAGAAUCUGGUUUCUUUGUGAUUGGGAAGGAUAUAAGGAUGGUGGUGUAAAUACAGAGGAAAUAAAACCAUUCUUUAGAGUGAAAAGGGUUCUCAGAUUUAUCAGUAAAAAGUUAAGAUGUGAUGUGAAAUUAUGUGAAGGAGAAUCUCGGCCAAGUUUCGGAUAUAGGUUUGAAGGAAUUUGGGGCAGAACAGCAUUCAGAAUAUUGGACAGCCAUGGCGGACUUGUUGCAGAGGCAAAGAGAAAACAAUCUUUAGGAGUUCAACUGGGAGAAGAUGUUAUGAGUUUGGUCCUAAUACAGACUAAUUUGGAUCAUUCCCUACUCAUGGCACUUGUGACUGUCUACCUAUUGAUUCAACAUAGAAUAUGAUUCAAUUGUUUCAAAAGAGAAAACAAAGGAGACAAACCUGGAACAAUUCAGCAGCCAAACUUGCAAAGUGGACCCAAAUUAACCGGCUACUUGACCAACUCUACCUGCAGCAUCUUUUCCUGUAUUUUCCCCCUUCAAUUCUUUCAAGAGAAUUAGAGCAGCCAUUGAAAAGUAUGUAAUUUAAUUCAUUUUGUAUACCUGUAAAGCUCACUCAUGAAAUCUUCUA